AUGGUAGUCAUAUACACCUCCACCACUGUUCCUAUCAACACCCCCAAGGAUGACAGCGUUCGUUUAACAUCCGCCGAAUUCUGGAAAGUCCUAGAACACAAAUGUCGCAAUCCAGUCUCAUUCGUCAAAGCCAUCACCAGCUCUCGCGUCGUCCGGGAGGAUCAUGACCAGCAAACGAAACAAGUCACCGGUCUCACUAGGAUGGUCACCAUCGACGGAGUGGAGGGGGAGAUUGAAGAAGUUGCGAUCCUCAAAAGACCUGUUAUGAUCGCUUUCACGAUCCCGUCGACUGGGACUUCUAUUACAAAUAUUCUCUCACAAGGCGUUGAAGAGGGAGAGAUGUAUAUGGUAUCGACUUAUGAGUGGCACCAUCCUGAAGUAGAAGAUGGUAGUGAGGAGCAUAAGAAGCUUAUGGACCUUUACUGGCGGUUGAGUAGUGAGACGGUCAAGCACACAGUGGCCGUAGCUAGGCAGAUGAAGAGUGAAGGAAAGUUGACAAUAUGA